AUGAUUGAUGUCAACAUUUCAUCUGGUGAUACGGAACGAGAAAGACAGUUUAUUAGAAUGGGAAAGUACAUUCGACAACUCAAGAGGCUUAUCAAGAAGGGAGGACAAUUAGUGGAGGCUGACGAUCUCCCUUCCUAUAUAAACCUCUUUGGUCAUCAUGUGGAGAUGGCGAUGCGACAUUGGUAUCGAUCUAUACUUCCUAAAGAAUUUCAACUGUCAUUACCUCUCUUUGAAGAUCCAGGGGAUGAUCUUCAUUUCUUUACGAUAUUAGAAAAAGAGUGUGAUAAUUUACCGAUCGCUCUCUUAACGACAACUGUACUUUAUAACGAAUACUUAGUCAUGACCAAGUCCUAUGUUCCCAAGGACCCUAUAGAAACCAAAACCAGCACUGAGGAGCUUAUCCGUCAAUUU